AGUUGUACAAGGUUGUGGUGACUUGGCGAGUCAGUCGCGGAUUGUGUGUUAGUGUGCCCACACGCCUCCAUCUUCGUACGAUAUCAAGUGAUCGAAAACCGUUUUCCCGCGUUCCGCGUGCUCCGGUGAACUAGUUUUGCCAUUUCAAAGAGGACAUUUAAUAAUUGCGGUGAGGGUGCGCACGCGCAAUGUCCGCGACCAAGUUUUCGCAUCCGUUUAUGCGCAGCUUGAAACCGCUGCCUGAGGGACACGAAGAUGAAAUACAGCAGAUUAGAGAGUGGAUGAAGAGUCAGCCGCACUUGCCUUAUAUUUCGGAUGAAUAUGUGAUAUUGUUUCUCCACUCGAACUACUACAAAGUGAAAGAGACGAAGUAUACGAUCGAGAGUUACUUCACUAUACGGGCGACUACACCGGACAUUUUCUCUAACCGUGAUCCUUUGGCUCCCAAAAAUAAGACUGUUAUGGACAUCACGCAUAUGGUGGCUCUGCCGAAUAAGACAAGUGAGGGGUACCACGUACUUCUAUACCGUUUGUCCGAAUUUGACUACAGCAAGCUCAACUUUGCGGAUGCUGUCCGUGUGUUCUGCAUGUUUAACGAUGUCAAACUGUCUGAGGAUCGGUUGUCUGAUGGUUACAUAGUUAUCUUCGACAUGAAGGGCUGCAGUCUCGGACAUCUGACGAGGGUGACUUUACCAGCGCUUAGAGCUUUCAUGCAAUAUAUACAGAGCGCGCAUCCCUGUCGUCUCAAAAAGAUACAUGUGGUGCACACGGUAUCUUUCAUAAAUCAAGUAAUGUGCCUCGUGAAACCGCUGAUACAUUCCAACCUCCUGAAUCUACUGAACUUCUCAUCAGAAGGUCCUGCUUCCAUAGUCGAUAAGGAACUACUACCUGAAGAUUAUGGUGGUCCCGUAACUCCAGUGAAACAACUCCACGAGGAACAAAGGAAGAAUAUGGAAGAGAACUACAGGGAGUGGCUUAUAGAAACAGAGUUAUUUAAAGCGGACGAAAAGAAAAGGAUUAAGAAGCCUAGCAAAGGUAUGUUCGCUAGCUUCACGAGUAGUUUCAAGAGUCUCGACAUCGACUGAUCCAUGUAGUAACCUUGUCGCGCUAGGGACCUGAUAACGAACAACAUAUAAUUUUGUAUUUGAAUUAAAAUCGAUUUUAUAUAAAAUCUGGAUGUAUAUUUCCAAUUUCCUGUACUUAAUAACGUUAUAUGGACUUUUUACAAAAAAGAACAAACUGUAUAAAGAAUGUUGUAAGAUUAUUUCUUUCGAUAUAUAGACAAAGAAAACACGUGGAAAAGAAUAUUUAUAGAGCCUGCAUAGGUCGUGUAAUAUUUUUAAUAUCACAAGAGAACAGUAAGACGUUCCUUUAUAGAUGCUAUAAAAGACAUAAAUUCUAAAAUGCAGCGAUAAUAGCAUUGUAAAUUCACUAUGCACCUGUACUUUUUCCACUUGGAGUAAUAUUAUUCAUCUAGUUUUUAUAAUAAAUCAAUGUUUUUAUGGAAUACAUUCUGCAUGUAGCAUAAUUUCUAAUAGCUGUGACUGUUUUGUUGAUUUUCAUGUUAUUGAAUUUUUGUGUGGGACAGGAUAAUAUUGUUAUGGACUUGAUGCAA